AUGGAACCAACAAUGUCGACGUCGCCACAUCUGUCCUUCCCCAAGGAGAAGAUCAAGAUCCUGUUGCUCGAGAACAUUCACACCGCUGCCAUCCAGACCUUCAAGAACCAGGGCUUUAGCAUCGAGUCGCUCGGCUCGGCAUUGUCUGAGGAGCAGCUGAUGGAGAAGAUCAAGGACGUCCACGUCGUCGGUCUGCGCAGCAAGACCAAGCUCACUGCCAAGGUCCUUGCCGAGGCCAAGCGUCUCAUGGCCAUCGGUUGUUUCUGUAUCGGUACUGACCAAGUCGACCUUGCCUAUGCCGAGUCCAAGGGUAUCCCAGUGUUUAACUCGCCAUUCUGUAACUCCAGAAGUGUUGCCGAGUUGAUGAUUGCAGAGAUCAUUAUCUUGUCUAGGAAGCUUGGAGAUAGAAGCUCAGAGAUGCAUACAAAGGUUUGGCGCAAGGAGUCAAAGGAUUGCCAUGAGAUUAGAGGAAAGACAUUGGGUAUCAUUGGUUAUGGUCAUAUUGGUUCACAGUUGUCGGUGUUGGCCGAGGCAAUGGGCAUGAACGUUCAAUACUACGACACGUCCAGGAAGCUGCCACUGGGCAACAGCAAGUCGGUGCACGAUAUGAAGACACUGCUCGAGACGUCCAAGUACGUGUCGCUGCACGUGCCCGACACUGAGCUGACGCGCAACAUGAUCAGCACGGACGAGCUGAACAUGAUGAAGAAGGACUCCUACCUGCUCAACGCCUCGCGUGGCAAGGUCGUCGACAUUGACGCUCUGGCCAAGGCGCUCAAGGAGGGCAGGAUCGCCGGUGCCGCCGUCGAUGUCUACCCAUGGGAGCCCGAGGCAAACUGCAAGGACUGGGAGAACGUGCUGCAGGGCUGUCCCAACACCAUCCUCACGCCACACAUUGGUGGCAGCACAGAGGAGGCGCAGGAGGCCAUCGGUGCCGAGGUGUCUGACCUGAUCACCAACUUUAUCAACCACGGCGGUUCCGAGGGCUCGGUCAACUUCCCCGAGAUCUCGAUCCCCGUGUCGCAGGAGACUCACCGCAUCCUCAACAUCCAUCAGAACCGUCCUGGUGUGCUGCGUGACAUCAACAACAUUCUCUCCGAGUUCAACGUCUCUAGCCAGAUCCUGUCGACCACCAAGCAGAUUGGAUACAUCAUCGCCGACGUCGACAAGGCUGCCUCCAAGGAGAUCAAGAAGAAGAUCUCUGAGCUGCCGCACUCCAUCAAGACAAGAGUGUUGUAUUAA